UGCGAGCUGUGCUGCCGCCGCUGUUCUCAGAGUGAGCAGGAGCCGAGAGGCUAGAGAAGCAGCAGCAGCGGCGGCGGGCGGCGUGGAGGGCUGGUUUACAAGCCCCGCACACGGGGCAGCUGCGUGGUGCAGCCUGCAGGGCUUUGAUCAGCUGUAGCCUGGUGAACACGGGACUUUGAGUCGCCUUUUCCCCCCCUUUCCAGGCAGGGGGUGGGAGGUCGAAGCCGCUCUGGUUCUGACUUAAAGAUCCCUUGGCAGGAAGGUGCUGCCAGGCUGCUGCAGGAGGAUGCGAGCUGAGGGCAGCAGCAGAGUCGAGGAAGAGCAGCUGCUGCAGCUACCUGUGUGGCCUGGGCUGCCGCGGCAGAGACCUGCUGGCGGCAUCAUCAUGUGAAUAUUUAUUACCCGGUUGGGGUCUUCGCUCGCGGUAAUCGAAUGGGAGGUUUGCUUCGGGGAAGGUUAUUUUUCCCCCCUGCGGAAGCUUUUCUGGGGCUCGUGUGGCGAUCGGGGCAGCUGUGGAGCGGACCAGAUCUAACUGGCUUUACCCAGACAAUGAUCCCAAAGACUAUAUGAUAAUUGCUGGUGGCUGAGAGAGAGAGAAGGCAUUUUGGGGACUGUAUUGAAGCAGAACAGGGGAGCAGGAGGGUGAAAUCAUCCUGCCUGCUCCUCCAGCAGUGGCAGCUCUGCAACCGGUGUGUGCAGUGCAUUUUCAGCAAUAGCAAAAUACUAGUUUGCAGGAAGCAGCCAGUUCAACAGCAGGACCUGAGGUACUCCAGAGACAAGAGAAGAAGCAGCACCAGCAUGGAUAAGGACAGCAUGAGCCUAGCUGACCAGCAGUAUGAAUGUGUGGCUGAGAUUGGUGAAGGAGCCUAUGGGAAGGUAUUCAAGGCCCGAGACUUGAAGCAUGGAGGUCGUUUUGUAGCCUUGAAGCGCGUGCGGGUGCAGACAAGCGAGGAGGGAAUGCCACUCUCCACCAUCCGUGAGGUGGCAGUAUUGAGGCACCUGGAGACCUUUGAGCACCCCAAUGUGGUCAGGUUAUUUGAUGUAUGCACAGUGUCACGAACAGACAGAGAGACCAAACUAACACUAGUGUUUGAACAUGUCGAUCAAGACUUGACCACUUACUUGGAUAAAGUUCCGGAGCCUGGAGUGCCUACGGAAACUAUAAAGGACAUGAUGCUUCAGCUGUUGCGAGGGCUGGAUUUUCUGCAUUCACACCGAGUGGUGCACCGUGAUCUGAAACCACAAAAUAUCCUCGUGACAAGCAGUGGGCAGAUAAAAUUAGCUGACUUUGGCCUUGCACGAAUCUACAGUUUUCAGAUGGCUCUUACCUCAGUGGUUGUCACUCUGUGGUACAGAGCUCCUGAAGUUUUGCUUCAAUCCAGUUAUGCAACACCAGUUGAUCUCUGGAGUGUUGGCUGCAUAUUUGCAGAAAUGUUCCGUCGGAAGCCACUUUUUCGUGGAAAUUCAGAUGUUGAUCAGCUAGGAAAAAUCUUUGAUGUCAUUGGGCUCCCGGAAGAAGAAGACUGGCCUAGUGAUGUUGCCCUUCCAAGACAUGCUUUCAAUUCCAGACCCCCACAACCCAUUGAAAAUUUUGUACCAGAUAUCGAUGAACUAGGCAAGGACUUACUUCUUAAAUGUUUAGCGUUCAAUCCCACCAAGAGGAUAUCUGCCUAUGUUGCCCUGUCUCACCCUUAUUUCCAUGAUCUGGAGAAAUGCAAGGAGAAUCUGGACUCCCACAUGUCAACCAGCCAAAACUCCAAUGAGGUGAAUAAAUCAUAAGACUCAUUGAAGCAGAACCUACAAAUGAACACGAUGUGUAGCUGACAAAGGUCACUAUCCCUAGCUGUUCUACUGAAGAUCAUUAUUUGGAGGUUUUACGCAUCUGUCUGCUUCUUCAGGAUGGUGAUGUGCUCCAAGGAAACCAACCUGGUUUACUUUCAUCAAAGCAAUGCAAGAACCAGGGAUUUCACCUGCUCCCAUUGCAGCUUUAUGUGUGUGUGUGUUUGUUUUGUUUAACUACCUGGGAAAACUCCAGAUGAAGAGAAGCUGCUGACCAGUUUUGCUGCCAUUUUAUUCUUCUCAUAUUGAAUGCUGCCAGUGUUCCAGUCACUGCCAAAACAUGACGCAAUCUCUCCCUCUAGCUGCUGAAGCCUGAUCUGGUAUUUUUUAAUUGUUAUUUUGGGAUCUCUUAAAGUGAUAUUUAAAAGAAAUGGCAUUGAAAUAUUGGAUCUCUGCAACCCGCAAAUAAUUGAUAAGUACAUGAAUGCGUCUAGUUACUAUUGGUAACAUACAAGGAGGUGCUUCCCCAGUUGAAAACUUGGACAAAUAAUUUUAUUAUUUCAUUACUGUCCAUAAAAAUAAUGAUGAUGAUGAUGAUGAUAAACUGAAUCAAUUUUUAGGUUUUUUAAUAUACAAAUGAAUUAUUAACUAGAUGAGUUUAUGUGCAUGUCGCAAAAAUAAGUUUAAAAAAAACUUUUAGGAACUUACUCUCUAAAGACUCUACUCUCCAAAAAUAUUGUAUUUGUUGUUUGAAUCAGUCAUUGAAGUCUAACUUUUUAUUUCUUUCUCAAAACAAUUGCAAGCAUAUGUUCCAUGAUCUAGUACAGAAGUUUAUAAUAUGUAGAUCAAAGAGGUAGAUAGAGCUGAUGAAAAUCAAAACAUGGUUUCCCAUUGUAAUAUAUACUUAUUAGCAACCAAAAAGUAACUUGGAAAAAUGUUUCCUGUUUUAGAAGCAGAGAAUUCUUUGAUUACGGAGAAGAACACUUAUGCAUAUGUGCUAUAUUGGAUGGAAUAUACUGCGCUGCUUUACCUGUAACACACAACUUAUACAACACAGUGCAUGAACAUUACUCAUAUUUCAUUUACUAGCAGAUUUUUUUUCUGUGCAGAAAUGCAUGAGCAUCCCUCCUAACCCACCAUGUGGGUGUAUUGGCACACCAUAUUUCUCACUGUGCUAGCAGUAAUGUGCCAUAAUUGAAAGUCAAUAUAACUAAACAAUUCACAUAACUUUUUAGCAGUUAUUUUAAAUAUUACAUUACAUUUUUAUAUUUAGUAUUUUUACCUUAACUAAAAUAUAUUUUCAUUAUUUUUAAAAGAAACUUCUAUUUUUUUAGUACUGUGCGGAAAAAGUAAAUAUUUUAAAUACAUAAAGUAAAGGCUUUUCCCUAACCUAAACUUCAGUGCAUUUGCCUGGAUAUAACUCAAGGGAACAUUUGGCCCAGUGAGUUAACCCCUGCCAUAAAGGUAGAUUAGGCACUACUGCAAUAUAAAUAAUAAUACACACAGCAGCUACCAUUGCUUACUCCUGUGAUGGUCCUUCAUAAGCUAUCCUACUUCUCUUGCCUCUGCUUCAUCUGUUCUAGCUACUGAGCCAGUAUCUAUAUCCUCACUCACAGCAUGCUUGGCAGUGCCAAGCUGAGCAAUAUAUAUUUUUCCAGCUAUGGCAUGGAGGCAUGUGGCUGUCUCCCAGGCAGGUUCCUCGGUUAUGUGGCAAACUUCACCAUUAGCUCUGAGCUGUUUAGCACUUAGGCUGCUGCCAAGAUAGUGAGUGGUUUUAUCUACCUUGUGUGAAGGCAUUUCUUUUCUGUUACACACCUAACAAUGAGACUUGGGUUAAAUUACUUCCAUGCUAUGUAGGCCAAAUUGUCAAAGGACCAGUUGCACAUGCGCAGUGGCACCUGUCGGGUCUGUUCAAAGAUCUACAGCAUGAACAGGCAGGCUGUAAAUUAGGCUGGACAAGAUUGCAUCCAAGGCAUGUGUGCACAGAGUCUGGACGCUUGCACAGCACAAGACUUUUCCAAGGUGCUCAAUGUGCCAGGCUGAAGGCCAGUGGGUAGCCAAGGCACCACUCAGCUGGUCUUGGCUCUGCCCUGUUCCCUCUCCCUCAGUGUCUAGGCCCAAGGAUAAAUGAGGUAUCACUCGGUGGGUCUCGGCUCUACCCCAUGCCCCGUGGUCUUAGUUUCUGCAGCCCAGAGAGGGCUGAGGGUGCUGCUUGGCUGGUCUUAAAAGGUGGAUCAUAGUGCAAUUAAAUUAACCACAAUUUCUAUUAAUAAUUUUAAAACAGUUAUUUAAAACAGGAAAGAAAAAUCCAGGCCAACCUUGCAAAAUUAACAAAUGGGGAAAAGGUUACUGCACAAUUUAGCAAUUUUUAAAACAUUCCACAUUUUAUCUAGCACCAAACUAUUGUACGUACUUCUUCAGGGCACUUAGCUGGCAUCACCCUCUAACAGCUGCCUGAGGACUAUCUCCUGGACGGUAUAAAGGAGGGAAAACAUUCGUUGUUUUUAAAAUCAUGCUAAAAAACUGAUGUACAGAGGUGCUAGCAAUUACUCUGAAGGAUGCUGUGUGAGAACCAGAACAGAGUAGAAUACAUCUACUCCAUGUUACACUCCAUCCCGUCCAAGCCCCAUUCCCAAACCCCCUCAGUGGAAAAAAUAUGCAGUUUACCCUUCUCCAGCACUCCAAGGCUGAUUGCUAUUCCCCAUUUCCUCUACUGACUAUGUGUGUCCCUUGGGUACUACUGCCAUGUGUGUAGUGAUAGGUGGGGAAGUGGGAACUGGAUUUCAAAAGGGAGAUGCCCACUGGCACAAGUUCCCUCCUUCCCUGCCAUCACCACAGCAGUAAAGAAAACCAUUCACAUACACUGCAAAUGGGGCCCUUGCAUGUAGCCCUACUCGGCCUUGACUUUGGCCUGAGUGAGUGCAGCAGACUUGGGCGAACACAGCUAAAAAUUAUUGAACAACAAAAAUUAAAUUAAAAAAAGUAAAAAUAGUUCUUUAUCUUCUGGAGCACCUCCAGCCAGGGUGUUCAUUACAGUAGAUGCCCAGAUGUUCUGAGCAGUGGAAAGGAGCAUCUCCCAUCUACUGUCCCACAUUAUAGUCAUUUGGUGUUGAGCAAAGCUAUAGUCCCACAGGAUCCUGCAUGAUUCUGCAGGCCGAGCAGACCCAACAACUGAAGAAACCACUAAGGUGAGGAUAGUCUAGUUUCAGGUGUACUUGCUUCUGUACUAUGAAAGCGUCUGCUUCCUCUGCUGAUUCCUUACUGGCUCUGGGUGGCCCCGAGACCAAUUUUUAGAAACUGAGCACCUGUGGGGCUGCACAUAUUUCACACUGACAUGUAGUAACAGGUCAUUAGCAUAUGCCAGUAUUAUAUUAACAUAUUCUAAUACUGUUGUGCAUCUAAAAGCACCCAGCACAAGAUAUGCCAAGCCAAAGGCAAAUAGAUGCAGCUGACUGGUUGACCCAGUGGCCUUCCCUCUGCCUCUCCACCCCCUCCCUCAUCCUCCUCAGAACAAACAGAUCCAGGAAAGCUGCCUGCUGCUAUCUCCCACGGAACUCCCCUCCCCUUCCCCCCCGGCCUUCCUCUAUUUUCAGCUCCCACACAACUGGUCUUCUCUCACUGCUACUGCCAGUAGUUGCCUCUUUUAGCCCAGGAGCCAAGAGAGGGAUGAUUAGACGGAACUUCCUCAUCCACCUCCCAGUUUACACCUGACUACACUAUGACAAUGACUAGCUUGUGGACACCUUUUUUGUCUUGCGUGCACCAAUCAAAAUUCUAAGCCCAGCUAUUUAUCUUUCAGCACACACAGCUGAUGCCCCCUUUGAAAAUCCAAGCUUGUUUCCUGCUUGUGCCCCAAAAUACACCAACAAACCAGGAUUUCUGCCUUCACAGGGUUUUGAAAAUUUGGUCCUACAUGCAUAGAGUCCUUUCACAGGAUCAUAAACAGUGGAUACGUUGCUCAAGCAUUUUCUGUGUGUUGGACACUAUCCAUAUCCUGGUCCUCAGGCUCAAUUUACACUUGAGUUUUCUGUAUGAAUAAACAGAAAAUUGUAUA